AAAGAUUCUCCCCCCCAAGUGGUACUUUAGGUGCUUUGGCUUUGAGUUCUAUCUUGAACAUAAUUGGGGCUUUGCUUUUUCCUAUGAUGGAUUCUGCAUUUUUGCUUUCUGGGCGCUUUUGAAGCCCACAUUCUUGAUGGGACUUGUUUUUACCAAAUGGGCAUGCACAUUAUUCUUACUGUGUUGUUGUCUCAUCACUUCUGGAGUAUAUUCAGUGAAGGGGUUACAUGGGGGUUUUAAAGUGAGAGGAGUGAACUUAGGAGGGUGGCUGGUCAUUGAAGGUUGGAUUAAGCCUUCAUUGUUUGAUGGCAUUGCCAAUGGAGACAUGCUUGAUGGGACAGAGGUACAAUUUAAGUCAGUGACAUUGCAGAAGUAUGUAUCUGCAGAGAAUGGGGGAGGAAUGAAUGUGACAGUUGACAGGGAUGUCCCAUCUUCAUGGGAAACCUUCAGGUUAUGGAGAGUUUCUGAAUCAGAAUUUCAAUUCCGUACCUCCCAAGGCCAAUUUCUUACAUGUGAUGGUGGAGGCUGCUCUGUCUCUGCAACAGCAAAAUCACCUUCAACAUCAGAGACAUAUGAAAUUCAGCGGCAUGAGGAAAAUAGGGUUCACAUCAAGAUAAAGAAUGGGGACUUUCUGCAGGCAACAUCAGGUGGUCAGCUUACAGCCAACUAUCCAGGUGAACCAGGAUGGGAUGAUAAUGCUGCCACGUUUGAAAUGACAAUUGUAGCAAAUGACUUACAUGGAGAUUACCAGCUAGCAAAUGGAUAUGGGCAUGAUCUUGCAAAAGAUGUUCUCAGGAGACAUCGAAAUAGCUUUAUCACCGUAGAUGAUUUCAAAUUUCUAUUUAACCAUGGAAUAAAUACUGUGAGGAUACCAGUUGGGUGGUGGAUUGCUUUUGAUCCUGAUCCUCCUGGUCCAUUCAUUGGAGGAAGUCUUGAAGCUCUAGAUAAUGCAUUUUCAUGGGCACAAGACUAUGAUAUAAGAUGCAUAAUUGACCUUCAUGCUGCUCCUGGUUCCCAAAAUGGGAUGGAACAUAGUGCUAGCAGAGAUGGAUUUACGGGCUGGCCAACUUCACCAGAUUACAUUUCAGAGUCAUUACUUGUUAUUGAAUUUUUAGUUUCUAGAUAUGCAAGACAUCCUGCCUUGCUGGGAAUUGAGCUUUUGAAUGAACCAUCUGCUGCCACGGUUUCAUUAGAUACUUUAAUUUCAUAUUACAAGCAGGGUUACCAAAUUGUUCGGAAAUAUUCAUCAUCAGCUUAUGUGAUAGUCUGCCAGAGAAUUGGUGUAGCAGAUCCUUUGGAACUUUAUAAAGCCAACAUAGGAUCUGACAACUUAGUUUUGGAUUUGCAUUUCUACAAUCUCUUUGACACAUUUUUUGUUAAUAUGAGCGUUGGGGAUAAUAUACAAUACAUAUACAAUAGCCGGGAAGGUCAACUUCAGGCCUUCAACAAUUCAAAUGGCCCACUUGUUUUUAUUGGAGAGUGGGUGAAUGAGUGGAACGUGACAAGUGGAUCCCAAAAAGAUUAUCAGGACUUUGGAAGGGCACAGUUAGAAGUCUAUAAUGCAGCUUCCUUUGGAUGGUGUUAUUGGACCCUCAAAAAUGACAGGGAGCACUGGGAUUUUGAAUGGAACAUUAGGAACAAUUAUCUUCAAUUAGGUAACUCACCUAGCAAACAGAACUUCAAUACUUUAGGACUGUUAGCAUUGGCGUGCACCUGGUUUUGUCUUCUUCCCUUUUUGUGACACAAUUUUUACC